UUUAAGUUAAAGCAUCGCUGCUUUGACGAGGUCACCUCUGCAGGAUGCCGCACAAGAUCGGCUUUGUAGUCGUUAGUUCGUCAGGACACGAGGACGGCUUCAGCGCAAAAGAGCUGAUGGUCCAUGCACCGACGGUGAAUGGAUGGCGAUCACCAAGGAAAUUGUUCUGCAGUUGGUGGAGAGAUGUCGAAUACGAAAACUACAGUUACUUGCUCACCAGUAUAUGAUUUCAAGCAAAAUCGAGUUCUACAUCAGUGAAAACUUGCCUGAAUACUUUGCGCCUUAUCAGUCAGAGAGGUUUCACAGACUAGGUUACGUCCCUCUCUCAGACAAUGAAAAGACUGGAUUCAAAGCACGAGAGUUAAAAUCCGUAUAUAUGGAUGCAGUUGGCCAGUACCUAAAGCUGAUUUUCCAUAAGAAUUAUGUCAAUAAAUACAACCUUUACAGUCAGGUUGCCCUAGUAGCCAUAAAUAUUAUUGGAGAUCCUGCAGACUACAGUAAUGACAGCAAUAACAAUACUUCAAGAGAGAAGCUGAUAGACCACUACUUAGGAAGUAAAUCAGAUGAUCCUGCCUUAGAUGGGACAUACUUUGGGAAACCUGACUCCAUUUCACCUCUGGAUGAUUUGGCUUUUGACAUGUACCAAGAUCCAGAAGUUGCUCAGAUAAUACGGAGGCUAGAUGAGAAGAAGCGUGAAGCUGUCCAUCAUGAACGCUAUGAUUAUGCCAAGAAACUCAAACAAGCUAUUGCAGACUUGCAAAAGGUAGGGGAACGACUUGGACGGUAUGAGGUAGAGAAACGCUAUGCUGUAGAGAAGGAGGAUUAUGAUCUUGCUAAAAAGAAGAAACAGCAAAUGGAAGAGUAUCGCCUGAAGGUAUAUCAGCAAUUGGAGCUCCAUAACCUUCUGGAUCCAGAGCUGAUGGUUCGAAGACCACCUGAGUUGCCUUUGGAGCCUGUGAUUUAUGCUGAUAGUUCUCAGCACACAAAAGCCAUAAAUUCACCUCCUCAUGAGAAAACAGAACCACAAAAAGGGGAGUCACAGAAAGCAGAGCCUUUGCUGGAAGAGAAGGCAGUAAAGCUCGCUUCUCCUGAGCCCACUGUUCCCCACCAGUCUCCUCCUCCUGUGGCUCAUCCCACAGCCUUAGAGGAGGAGUUUCCCAAAGAUAAGGCUGAGUUUUUACCUUACGAUGAGAGACCUCUUCCAGCUAUCCGUAAACAGCCUGAGGAAGGAAUUGCGUACCUGGAGCCAGAGACAACUGAAGGGGAUGUCAGUGACACUCCGAGAAGUGGCAUUACUGGAGAGCCAGAACCAUUAACAGAGAAAGCACUGAGGGAGGCCAGCCCUGCUAUUGAAGUUUUUGGAGAAGCCUUGGUUUCAGGAGCAUAUUCCAAGACAUGGUCAUAUCGAGAAGAUGCGUUACUUGCUGUAUAUAAGAAGCUGAUGGAAAUGUCAGUAAGCACUCCAAAGGAUGAUUUAAAGAACAUGCUGAGGGCUGCCAUUUUUCUUGUAAGGAGAGCCAUAAAAGACAUAGUGUCUUCAGUUUUUCAAGCUUCCUUGAAACUUUUAAAAAUGAUCAUUACUCAAUAUAUACCAAAACAUAAAUUAGGAAAAGUAGAAACUUCUCAUUGUGUGGAAAAAACACUUCCAAGUUUGCUUUCUAGAACUGGAGACUCUUCAACCCGUCUUCGCCUUGUGGCUUCUAACUUUAUUCAGGAAAUGGCGCUGUGUAAUGAAGUUAAACCUCUUCAGAUUGUUCCACUUCAUUUGGUUCAGCCAUUAAAACCAAAUUCCCCAACACAUCUGGCAAUGAGUCAAGUGGAAUUAGUGGAACACCUCUUGAAAGAAAUGGGAACUGAAAACUCUGGGUUUACCAUUGACAACAUCAUGAAGUUUGCGACAGGUGCUUUGGAACACAGAGUUUAUGAAGUACGUGAUACAGCAUUGCGGAUUAUCUUUGAUAUGUAUAGGAAGCACAAGGCUGCUAUACUGCAAUAUCUUCCCCCAGAUGAUGCAAACACUCGCAAGACUGUUCUUUAUAAAACACUCUUUGAUGGAUUUACUAAAAUAGAUGGGAAACUUACUGAAGCUGAAAUUAGGGCACAGAAAAAGGCAGCCACAGAAGAAGCAGAGAAACAGAAGAUGGAAGAAAUAAAAGUUCUGCAAGGGCAGCUGGCAGCUCUAAAGGAGAUGCAAGCAGAAGUUCAAGCUGGAAAGGAAAAAGAAUCUGAUUUUCAGAAGCUGAAGAAUCAAGGUUAUCGGGUAAAUGAAGGGCCACAGCAUGCAGCAGCAGAGAAUCCAGAUGAUCAUUCCUCUGUUUCAAAUUACUUAGAUAACUUAUGCAUUUUUUGUGGUGAAAGGGAUGAAUCCUUCACAGAGGAAGGAUUGGAUCUCCAUUACUGGAAACAUUGUCCUAUGUUAACCAGAUGUGAGCACUGCAAACAGGUGGUCGAAAUAGCAAGCCUGACAGAGCACUUGUUGACCGAGUGUGAUAAAAAGGACAGCUUUGGGAAAUGUCAGCGCUGUAGUGAGGCCCUUCCAAAAGAUGAGUUGCCCAAACAUAUUAAGAGCAAGGCUUGCAAUUCUGCCAAACCAGAAAAAGUGGCAAACCAUUGCCCAUUGUGUCAUGACAACUUUUCCCCAGGAGAAGAGGCCUGGAAGUCUCACUUAAUGGGCAAAGAUGGCUGUAGAAUGAAUCUGCGGAGGAUACCCAUAAUAAAUAAAACUUUUCCAGUGCAGUCUGGCAAAACAGGUGGCCUGUAUUUAAUGAAAGCAGGUCCUUCAGGAGCAAAAGCUCAAUCUUCCUCUGUAGGAAGCAAGAUCCCAACUCCGAGAGGGGGCCUGAAUAAAAACACUGGCAAAACGUACUCAAAGCGAUGACAUGACAAGUAUUUUUUCCUUUGUCUUAAUAACUGGGCAUGUAAUGGUCAAUAGCUGUCUAAAAAUUGCAGACAACUUAUGUCAUCUUUUCCAUUUGACUACUCCGAGCUGUUCACCAGCCUUGAGCAGUACUUGUCUAUUUUGAGUACUCUGGUAGCUAGAUUCUGUGUUAGCUGUCUGCAGUGCUGUGGUUUUCUCCCAGAAUGUGCUUGUUAGGAACGUGCAAAUGUUCUGGGACAGAUCUAGCCCUGCCACAUAACCUGUAUGGCACAAGGAAGGCUGUGCAUUAUUCUUACUCACUGGUUCCUCAUAUUAAAAAACUCCCCAAUGAAUAUAAAGUUAACAAGACCAGAAUCUGUACUUAAUGAUGUUACAACGAGUGCAGAGGCUGUGUCCUAGUUAGUGGAUUGCUCUGGGGCUGUGGUUCUAGCAGGCUGGUUUAGAGAUCCAGUAAGGAAUUUCCCCAAGAUCCCAAAGCCACAGUCAUUCCUGUUUUGGCUUUCGCUUGGGGAAGAGCAAGAAAUGCAUCGAGUGGAAGUCAUACCAUUAUAUUCAGGACAAAGCUGAAAAGCAUUAGUUCUUUUGAACUAAAUCUAAUGCUUGUUUGCAAAUGUACCUUCAGAAUGUUUGGGAAAUAAUACCUGUGUUACCUGACUUUAUCACUUGAUCACCUCAGUGUAAUAACUAAAAUAUAUUGCUAAUAGUUUUCUGCCAAAAAUUGACUUUAUAACACUCUGAAAAUAAUAGCAUCACUAUUUUUUUUUGUUUGUUUUAGCAUCAAGUAUUAGCGGUAGAGCAGUAGGUCACGAGGUGAAAUGAAUAUACUGGUUGACUCGCGAGAUAGCUCUUCCAAAUGUAUUUCUGCAUCAGCAGAUUUACACAGAAUCAGCACAUUUACAGAGAAUUCCUUGCAAUGAGGCUUGAGGAAACGCCACUGAAAAUACCAAGAUACAUGAUGAACAAAAUGGGCCUUUACAUAUAUUUCAAGUUUAGGCUUUUAAAGCUAGUAUGCAACUCCCAAAGCACUACUUGAUGCCAAAAACUAGCACCAAAUAAGAAAGCUAAAAGGCUGUCUGGAUGUUGCCAUAUGACAUGCCUUUAUGUGAGAAACAACCUGAAACAGCUUUUCUGUGCUGCUUCUCCUACUGUGCAUGAAGUGCCUUUUUCUUAGUCCGCAUGACAAGAGGAUUAAGCUAAACUGCAAGAGUCCCCUUUGGUACCUAGUAAGAGUAUGUACCUAUGGAGUUACCAUAAAGUUAUAACUGUGCUUUAAAAUCUCACGCUGUUAAUUUUGAAAUACUCCCCCAAAAGAUAACCCCUUAAAAAAGAAAAAUCUGAGUAGGGCUUUGGAAAGCUUGAAUUAGUACAUUAAAACCCCUUUUUUCUACUUUAGUGUACUUCUCAGCUCAUUUCUAAAUCCACCUCUGACUUUCUCUAGUUAGAUCGUGAUUGAAGUAAACAUCCAUAGACUACAGCAUGUGAGUGUUUUAUUAGCUUCAAAGAGAACAAACUAUAUUAAGGUACAAUGUAUGAAGCCUUAUAUCCAAAGCAACAGUCCUAACAUUUCUACUUGUGAAGUUUAGACAAUUUCUUUCUCGGAUAGAAUUAACUACUCUAUAUCUAGAGGUACAGGAAUAUGCAAUCAUGGUAAUAUAAGGGGUUUUGGGGAUCGGGUUUUUUUGCCACCACAGAGUGAAUUUGCAGUAAUGUCUUGUAUAUACAGCACUGAUUUUGUAUAGUCCAAUUUUUAUAGUUUGCUUGCAGCCUUAUGUACAAGCUUAUGAAUUUUACAGGUAGAUCAGAGUAUUUGCAAUUUAGAAGUCUUUUAUAUAAUCAUUUCUUUAAUUCUCCUUAAUAUAUAAAUAUAUACAUAUAUAUAUAUAUGUUUAUUACCACUUAAGUGACAUAGGUUCCUAUUUUAGGACCUGAUUCCUUAUGCAAGCAAAAUAACCAUGGAUUUUGCUCAGAGAUAAGCAUGUGCAAUGGACUACAGGCUCAUGGGCUAUUGCCCAGAGUGUAUUUUCCUUUUGGAAGUAAAACUGUGAGAUUUUCUGUGUAUAGGUUGAAUGAAAAACCUGUUUGCAAAGGACCUACAUAUUUUCUGGAUUGGCCAAUACAGUGUAUACAUUGAAUUGGUAGAUAAGACUUUCCAUUGCUCUCGAAGCAUGGCUUUUAAACUCAAACGAAGAAUAAUUAAAAUAAAGCUAAUAGUUAAAUUCU